ACAGAGGGAUUCAAGUGAUACAGCCGAGGACCACGCGCUACAGAAGACGGACGAAGGCAUGUCUCCAGGACUCAGGUGCGCGUGGAUAUGCCCCGGGUGUCGUGCUCACAAAUCAUGGUCUCUUGGAUAAACGUGGAUGUAUUGUCAGACAGCAGAUAGUAUGCCUGCACAGUUGGCACGGAUUACGCGAUGUGGCAAAAUAUGGCACGCGUAAAGAUGGGUCUCCUCGCUCUUCUGUUUCUCCCCGCGUUUUUCUUCCGCGCCUUCGUGGUCUCCCACAGCAGCAUCUAUGAGCGGGCGGCGGUCCCCCGUGCGGUUGUCCGCUCCGUGGCUCGUAUGGAUGGAGACGUGAUCAUCGGCGCGCUCUUUUCCGUCCACCACCAGCCGUCUGCGGAGAAAGUAGCUGAGCGGAAGUGCGGGGACGUCCGCGAGCAGUAUGGCAUCCAAAGGGUGGAGGCCAUGUUCCACACGUUGGACCGGAUCAACGCGGACCCACACCUCCUCCCAAACAUCAGCCUGGGCUGCGAGAUCCGCGACUCCUGCUGGCACUCCUCUGUGGCCCUGGAGCAGAGCAUCGAGUUCAUCCGUGACUCCCUCAUCUCUAUCCGGGAUGACAAGGACGGGUCCAAAUGGUGCAUUGACGGCACCCCGUCCCCCCAGCCUCCACCCAGCAAGAAGCCCAUCGCUGGAGUGAUCGGACCCGGAUCCAGCUCUGUGGCCAUUCAGGUGCAGAACCUCCUGCAGCUCUUUAACAUCCCGCAGAUCGCAUACUCUGCCACCAGCAUCGAUUUGAGCGACAAGACCCUGUUCAAGUACUUCCUGAGGGUUGUGCCCUCGGACACUCUGCAGGCUCGGGCCAUGCUGGACAUUGUCAACCGAUACAACUGGACCUAUGUGUCUGCAGUGCACACUGAGGGAAACUAUGGGGAGAGUGGCAUGGAGGCCUUCAAGGAGCUGGCCUCUCUGGAAGGCUUGUGCAUUGCCCACUCGGACAAGAUCUACAGUAACGCGGGGGAGAAGCACUUUGACCGCCUUUUGAGGAAACUACGGGAACGUCUGCCCAAAGCUCGUGUGGUGGUGUGCUUCUGUGAGGGCAUGACUGUCCGAGGUCUCCUGAUGGCCAUGAGGAGGCUGGGGGUGUCCGGGGAGUUCCUCCUCCUCGGCAGGUAUGGAUGUGUUGUUUUCUAUCGUACCUUUUGA